AUGAUGCGUCGUAUUAAAGAAGAGUUACUACAACAUGCUCAGCAGUUGAAGAAACUGGAUUUUCAUUUGAAACGUCCCGAUAACGUAUGUGUUGCACAGGAAAUUGUUGAGAGAAUUGAACCUAUGAACAAUCAACGUGAACCUGAUGAAUCUGAUGACUCGGAUGGUUCAGAGCGUAUUGCUAGUGAAGUUGAAGUCGAUGGUGCUGCUAAUCCACGAAUAUUGAAUACAAAUCAAAUAUUUAUCGCUGGUUUAUCAUCGACUAUGCCCGAAAAACUUCUGUUCGAUGUACUUUGGGAUAUAUUUUCUACUGUUGGUGAAAUUAAAAUUAAUAGACGAACAAGAAAGCCUAUGAUCUAUUUAUUUAAACAAAAAGAUAAGAUGUCUCAACUGACUGGUAAUGCAAUGGUCACGUUUAACGAAGAAGAAUCAGCAAUCAAAGCAAUUGAAAAAUAUAAUGAAAAACGUAUAUCAAUAUUGAAUAAUGCACGAAUUCUUGUUAAGCCGUCGAAAAAGAUGUGUACGAGAUCAGAAAUAUUACCGACGUCAACACCAACACUUAGAUCAGGACCAGUGCCGCAAGAAUAUCCGGGAAAAGGGAAAGGCAAGCAACGGAAGCCUAAUGCAUCUGAUGACUUGGAUGGUUCAGAGAGUACUGAUAGUGAAAUUGAAGUCGAUGGUGGUGCUAAUCCACGAAUAUUGAAUACAAAUCAAAUAUUUAUCACUGGUUUACCAUCGACUAUGUCCGAAAAACUUCUGUUCGAUACACUUUGGGAUAUAUUUUCUACUGUUGGUGAAAUUAAAGUAACUAAAAAGAAAAUUCUAUGA